UAGUUUCUCGCUUGCUAGAUCCCGAAGCUUGAAACGCGUCAAUUUACCUGUUUCUGGUUUUUGGUUCUGGGGCGACGCACCAAUUAGGGUUCCGGGGGCGCGUGAUCGCGGGAUUUCAAUGUCUACGGAAAGGAAGAGGAACGCGAGAUUGUUUGAUGUGGACCGGUCAUCGGUCUCUUCUGAGGGGUAUUCGCUGGAUGGAAAGCUGGAUUCGCAGAGGCAUUCGGACAUACUCCAGAAGAGGGAAACUCUUCCAGUUAGGAAGCAGAAGAAUGAGUUUUUGGAUGUCUUGAAGAAGAACCAGGUUAUCAUCCUUGUGGGCCAGACUGGAAGUGGCAAAACUACCCAGAUUCCGCAGUUUGUUUUGGAAGCUGUUGAGGUGGAAACUUCCGUUAAGAGGCCCAAGAUGAUGGUUGCUUGCACUCAGCCUUGUCCAGUGGCUGCAGUGUCUGCUUCGCAACGUGUUGCUGAAGAGAUGAAUGUCAUCGUUGGUGAAGAAGUUGGUUAUAGCAUCUGUUUCGAAGACAAUAUUAGUGAUAAGACAGUUUUGAAGUAUUUAACGGAUGGUAUGCUCUUAAGAGAAGCCAUGGCCAAACCACUAUUAGAAAUGUACAGAGUAAUAAUCAUUGAUGAAGCUCAUGAGAGAACUUUAGCAACAAGCGUGCUCUUUGGAUAUCUCAAACUAGUGUUGGGAAUGCGUCCAGAUCUUAAAUUGGUGGUCAUGAGUGCUACUGUAGAAGCUAAGUUACAAGACUAUUUUGAUGGGGCACCUCUAAUGAAAAUUUAUUGUGUGCACCACCCUGUGGAUAUAUUCUACACAAUGAAGCCUGAAAGUGACUUCCUUGGAGCUACAAUUCGAUCUGUUGUCGAAAUACACCAACGGGAAGAGCCUGGAGAUAUACUAGCGUUUUUAACACGUCAGGAAGAGAUAGAAGAGGCUUGCCACAGAAUUUCUGAAGAGAUUGGUAAAUUAGGAAACAAGGUGGGACCUGUGGAAAUCGUGUAUUUGCACUCAACUCUUCCUCCAGACAUGCAGCAGAAGAUAUUUGAGCCUGCUCCACCUCCUUUAGUUGAGGAUGGUCCACCUGGGAGGAAAAUCGUUGUCUCGACGAUCACUGCUGAAACAUCUCUUAGUAUAGACAGGAUUGCUUAUGUGAUUGAUCCCGGUGUUGUCGAACAAAAAUUUUAUGACUCACGGGUUGGAGUCAAGUUCCUUAUGGUUUCUCCAGUUUCCAGGGAUAGGGCUGAUAUGAGAGCCUCUCUUGCUGGUAGGACAGUGCCAGGGAAAUGCUUUAGGCUUUAUACUGAGAGGAGUUACAAUCAGGAUCGUCACGCGCAGACUGAUCCCGAGAUAUUGAGGUCGGAUUUAGGGAGUAUUGUCCUGAUAUUGAAGAAGCUGGAAGUUCCUGAUCUACGUCAUUUCAUGAACCUACCUGCAGAAGAGGCGUUGACGAGGGCUUUGAAAGAGUUGUCAGAUUUGGGAGCAUUAGAUGAUAAGGGGAACUUGACGAAGUUGGGGAAUAUGAUGAGUAAGUUUCCGCUUGAUCCUCAGAUGGCGAAGAUGCUGGUUGUUAGUCCAGGCUUUAAUUGCUCGAAUGAGAUCCUCUCUAUUUGUGCUAUGCUAUCAGGUAUGUCCCCAGUUUUCUCAUUUUGCUUUGAUAAAGUCAAAGCUAGGUUCGUUGACACUGAUGGUGAUUACCUGACUCUGUUGAACGUCUACAAUGAGUUCAAGCGCAACAAAGAGGAUUUAUCUUGGUGUGAUACAAAUUUCAUCAACUAUAGUGUGCUUAAAUCUGCACAAAAUGUGAGGCAGCAUCUUGUGCAGUGCAUGUCAAGGUGUGGAAUUGAGAUGUGCCGCACCUAUUUAUACGGCCCGGAAUACUAUGACAACAUUAGUAAGGCAAUACUAGCAGGGUAUUUUAUGCAAGUUGCUCAUCUGGAGUGCACUGGAGACUACUUGACUGUCAAGGGUAACCAAUACGUGCACUUACAUCCAUCAAAUUUUCUGGGUGGCAAGCCAGAAUGGGUGGUGUACCAUGAAAUUGUGUCGACUAGCAUGAACUUCAUUCGUACAGCGAUGGAUGUUCGUGGUGAAUGGCUGGUAGACAUAGCUCCUCCUCGUUACUAUUUGAAGAACUUCCCCAACUCUGAAGCAAAGCAGAUUCUCGAGCUUUUGGAGAAGUGGAAGGAGGAGCAAAGGAAGUGGGAGAGGGAGGAGAGCAAGAACAAAAGAUAUGUUCCCAGGAAGCGGGGGGAGGAAGUAGGCUCCCGAGAAGUGCACAGGAAGCAGGAGAGGGAGGAGAGCAGGAACAAAAGAUAUGUUCUCUCCUCGAACUGCGCUUGGAAGCGGGAGGAGAGCAAGAACAAAAGAUAUGUUCCCAGGAAGCGGGGGGAGGAAGUAGGCUCCCGAGAAGUGCACAGGAAGCAGGAGAGGGAGGAGAGCAGGAACAAAAGAUAUGUUCUCUCCUCUAACUGUGCUUGGAAGCGGGAGGAGGAAGUAGGCUCCCGAGAAGUGCACAGGAAGCGGGAGAGGGAGGACAGAGAGAGGCAGUGGGAGGAGCGCAAGCGCAAGUGCGCAACAAGAAAACAAUAAGACUUGUUAUAAACAGACCCCUACAAUACUAGAAACACCAAACAAGGAAAUCGAAGCUACCAAAAUAGGUAUAACCCUCUCCAAAUAUAAACUUCCCCCUCUUUGCAACCUAAGAAGAAACCAUAGAUCGGAACACUCACACCAAAUUCUGGAGACUCAUAACUCGACCAAUACUUGUACUUAUUUUCCUCCUAACUAUAAGCUACAUAGCCUACAUAUAUUUUCAUUCAAGUUAUACCUUUCUUUCAGUUAAGUAUACUAACGUAUUGGUCAUGUAUAUUAUUACUGCAUUUACUAAUCUAUUAGUACCUAUAUAACUAC